AUGCUGGGGAAAAGGUGUACGUCGUUAAGAUGAUGAACCAUAGAGUGGUGUGUUUCCAUUCUAUAUGCCAGCCGAGAACACAAUAAUCUGAAGGAUAAUGAGGUCCCAGGGGAAAUCAUUCAUGAUUCCUUGAUGAUGUGGCUGUCCUACCUAUGAAGGUGUCUGCCGACAAGACAGACACACCCCAUGAGCUUCCGGAGAACUGGACUGACACCCGAGAGACCCUACUAGAGGGGAUGCUUUUCAACUUGAAGUACCUGGGCAUGACACUGGUGGAGCAGCCCAAAGGAGAAGAGCUGUCUGCUGCGGCGGUAAAAAGAAUUGUGGCAACGGCAAAAGCAAGUGGGCGGAAACUCCGGAAAGUAACGUUGAAAGUCUCUCCCAGAGGGAUCAUCCUCAGUGACAGCGUAACGAAUGAACUCAUUGAAAACAUCUCCAUAUACAGGAUAUCCUAUUGCACAGCAGACAAAGUACACGACAAAGUGUUCGCUUAUAUUGCCCAGAGCCAACACAACGAGAACCUGGAGUGCCACGCUUUCCUCUGUGGGAAAAAGAAAAUGGCUCAAGCUGUCACCCUCACAGUAGCUCAGGCGUUCAAAGUCGCGUUUGAAUUUUGGCAGGCGUCCAAGGAAGAGAAGGAGAAGCGGGAGAGGGCCAUCUUGGAAGGAGAGAGCGCCAGCAGUCCAUGCUCAGAAAGCUCAUCCUCUCCAAAAGGAUCAGUCACCACGGGGAACCUGGUGGAUCUGGAGAACGUCGUCAAAACUCCUUUGACGGUGAACGCCAACUCAGUGCACUUAGACAGCAGCAUCUUCAGGCCGCAUUCGUCAGAAAACAACAACGUGGUCUGGGCAAUGGAUGAUGGAUUGGAUGAAGCCUUUUCCAGGUAAUUAUGAGGGUUUCUUACAUCAGUGGUCUUUCCAUGAGGGACCAGCCCAGGAAACCGACUUGAUUAGUAACUGUUUUUUUUUUCCUUACGGCUUCUAAUCUAAAUUGUCUGCAACAGCCUAAACCUUUCAGCAACGUUCUGUUUGACUAAUUGAAGGAUGGGAUUUGCAGCUGCCUGGAUAAGUCAAAUAUUUUGAUAACUUCUUAGGGCAGGAGCUAAUUUCUGUGUACGAUGGGGAAUUAAAUUCCCCUAAGUGAUGCUGCCUGGUUGCUAAGUGUCUUUGAAUGAAUGAGCAAACCUGAGGGGGUCAGAAGCUAAAGAUGCAUGGAUACUACUGAGGUGGGGAGGUGAGAAUCUGACUCUG